AUGAAGCGCAAGCUUUCAGACGCCGGCGAGACGCCGGCAGUAUCAACCCCGAAAAGACGGCGCACAGCCCUAGAACAAGCCAAUGGCGCUCUGAACGGCCACGCGCCCACGCAUCCACCCCCGAACGACGAUGUCCCCUACGAGCUGCCUCCUUCACAGGGCCAAUCAACACCGAAAAAGGCCAACGGCAUCUCCGCAACGCCGCUGAAAGAAUCAGGUCUCAAGACCCCAACGCAUAAAUCCAAAGCUCGUGGUCUAUUCGCUACGCCAACCAAGCCCAAAUCUGCAACUGCGGCCACGCCAUCUCGAGUCAAGAAUGCCGAUCGGUCUGCAAGGAAAAAGAGCGCGCGUGUGCUAUUUGAACAGGACGAAGAUGCAGCCUGGGACGGAUCGGAGCAGCUAGCGGAGGAAAUUCUACAAGGCGACGAGGCGGAUACAGAGAAGGCGGCUCCGCCGCUGGCGGAUAGCAUUGAAGCUGAUCCUGAAGAGGCAGCGGAGAAGGGUGCGAAACAGCCGAAGCGCCGUGCGGGACGACCCAAGGGUGCGAGGAACAAGCGCUCGCCAACGCCGGAGGGUGAACUCCCUGCGCAUGAACGGUAUUUCUUCCAGAACCGCGCUGGUCCUGUUAAAACGUCGAAUGCCAAUCUUAACAAAGUGUCGUUGUUGACGCAUGAGGAGUAUUUCGAGAAAUUGGGUCAGUAUGAAGAUCCUUGCAGGGACGAGAAGGAAUAUCUACUUUCUUUGCACCACCGGUCUUUCCCACAAUGGGCAUUCGAGUUCGAUGAAGGGUUCAAUAUCUGCAUAUUUGGGUAUGGGUCGAAGCGCAAGCUCGUCGAGCAGUUUGCCGAUUGGACAUAUCAUCACAGCCCAUCGACCACUGCGCCUCCAUCUAUUAUCAUUGUCAAUGGGUACACCCCGGGUAUUUCUAUCCGAUCAAUCUUCGCUACCAUCGUCACAGCGGUGAUGGGCGAUGAAGCGCCCUCCAAGCUCGGUGCGCAGCCAACAGAAGUUCUAGAGUUACUUCAAUCCGUGCUCAAGUCUCGCGGAGAGACCGAGGAGCCCGUCACAGUCUUGAUCAACUCGAUCGACGCCCCUCCUCUUCGCCGUGCCGCAAAUCAGGCCCUCCUUGCCCGUCUGGCUGCUACCCCGCGCAUUCGCCUGCUGGUCACGGCGGAUACGCCCAACUUCCCCGUGAUGUGGGAUAUCAGUCUCCGCGACCAGCUCAACCUCGUCUUCCACGACUGCACCACUUUCCUCCCCUUUUCGGCCGAGGCAGAUGUCGUUGAAGAAGUCCACUCUCUCCUGGGCCGGAAGGGCCGUCGCGUUGGCGGCAAGGAAGGUGUUGGCUUUGUGCUGAAGAGUCUUCCCGAGAAUGCACGCAACCUCUACCGGCUCUUAUUGACUGAGCUGAUCACUACCAUGGAGGAUGGUGGCGAUCAGUCCGAUGAUGAAGCACCGGUUGAUAGCGGCAAGGCGGAUGAAACGGGCAUUGAAUUCCGCCAGCUUUACCAAAAGGCUACGGAGGAGUUUGUCGCUUCCUCUGAGAUGAUGUUCCGGACGCUGUUAAAGGAAUUCCACGAUCACCAAAUGAUUACGUCCCGCAUGGAUGCUAGUGGUGGUGAAAUUCUCGGAGUCCCUCUGUCCCGCGACGAGAUGGAGGGUGUAUUGGAGGAUCUAGUGCUGGGGUAG